AAUUAAAAAGAGCAGAAAAUACAAAAUUAUAAAAUAUAAACAUUUAAAAAAUAGAAAUAAAACAGAACUAAAGAGUAUAAUAUACAAGUUGACCCUUAAUAUACAAAUAUGUAAAUUAUCUGACAAAUAAAACACAAUUGAAGGACCAAUUUACAGCUAACACAAUAUAAAAAUAGGAUAUUUAUUAAUAUUAUUCUAAUUAUUAUUAUUAUGCAUAUCUAUUCUUUGGUAAUGAAAUCAAUAAUUAUUUUAAAUGGAGAAUUUACUAAUGGAAUAAUACAACAUUUUGUUGUACUCUCUUGUCUCCAGCAGAGUGUCAUGUUAUGGGAUUCUACUCAAACUAUUAUAACGAGAGUAGAGACCUGAUUUUUAUAUUUUAGUUCACAGAAAAACUGAAUACAGUUUGUUUCAAAAGGGAAAGUCCAAAGGUCAUGCUAACAUUUUAUUAUUUCUUUCAUUCUGAAGACGCAUAAAUAGCAGUGGCUCACUGAAAAUGCCCUGUAAUUACAAUUCAAGGGUCAUGGUGGGAAGAAAGAGGGUGUGUGCACAUGUGUGGAGCAAGAGAUCCAGGAAGGGACAUGGGACGAUAGGAAGGACAAACAGGAAGAUGGGCAGAGACAGAGAGAGGGAGAGUCACUGUCAAUGCGUAAUUAUCUCACCUCACUGGUCUUUCUCGUUUGUCUGCUUCAGUGUGUGAGGAACGCUGCUGUAUCUCCUCCCAUCCCAGUUGAUAUGGCUGUUGCUGAAGAGGUGUGACUAAAACAACAUUUGUGUAGUGAAACCACGGACGUUCGGAGUUAGAGAGUGACUUUUAAAAGACACCAGAGGACGAAAGUCAGGAAUAGUUUUGAAUCUGGCUCAAAAUAACACAAAAAGAGACUGCUGCUGAAACUUUUUUUGGAUUAUGGAGGAGUGGAUGCAGUAUGACAGUGAAACUUUCAUGAGGAGAACAAGCCGCAGAGGAAAAGAUGAAUUUCUAACCUAGCUGAGGAAAUUAAACCGUGAGGGAUGGACCCGUCUUGAAUUUUGGACUGAGAAAGAAGAUGAUAAUAAAGAUUGGAUUAUAAAAAACAGAGAAACAACCAUCACAGGAAUCUUAAAGGGUGACGUGAUUUACACACAGCUAACUUCUUAUGUCAUGGUCUUCAGUCUGUUAUUACACAUUACAUUAGACUGUGGAAUCGAUCAGUUUAGUGGACUAUAUUGUUGUGAUACCAUGCACUCAUUGUUGAGAUACUUUUUGGGGAUUUCUGGAUUUGAUGCACAGCAGUACUGUUUCUAGAUGUCUCAGUCACCUAAUUCAAAAGACAGUGAGCUCUUGCUGCAGUCCAUGCUGCAGAGACUGAAGCUCCAGCCGGGAAAAGAGGGCCAGGCAUACCUGCACACACCUGUACCCAUCAUAGUUGCUGCCACAUUGGGGCAGGACGCAGAGAGAGGAGCUUUCAACCUCCAGGAAGUAAACAGCAGUCCUGGAAAUGGCUUUGAGUUCAGUACCAAUGGUAUGCCCAUAAAGGAGUGUGGAAACUCUGCUGCUGGAAGUCACUUUGGAUUCAAAGGUGAAAUACAAAGUCCAGGUCAUGGCCGUGAAGUUGACGGUCCGUCUCAUUUCCUUACCCUCCCAAAAAGAUAACAUUGAUGGUGAAACGGGUGAGGACAGUCAGCCUGCGAUUACCCCCACAGGAACAGGGCAGCUGUUUCCUGCUGGAUCACUUAAGGAUGCUGAUAUUGCUUCCUUUGAGAGGACUGAUGGGCCGAGGGAGGGUUUUGGUAGUUUUGCAGCGACAAUGCCUAGCAAUAAAGAUGUUGUCACAAGCAUGGGACAGAAUCAAAACCAGGACCAGAGUUUUAAGCCCAAAGUCUAUGUGUGGUCUUUGAAGCCAACAGAUGCUAAUGUUAAAAGUCAAGAGAAUGAAGUCCCGCAUACAGGAAAUGGAGGAUUUGGAGAUUUGGCACAAAGUAAAGACUUACAGAUUGUGCCGCUAAACAGCAGCUUGAGAAGAAAACAGCGAUUAUCAGAGAAUAAAACGAAGAGAUGGACUCAGAAGAUCAAGGAGAAAUGGGUCCGGUCAGGGAAUUUUGGCAAAAAGGGAAAAGAAGGAGUAAGAGUAGACUUGAAAGGUGCGGAAGGAACUGAGACGUCACCUCAAACCCAGCUGCAGACAGCAGUCAAUCUCAGCACUUCAAAUAGGGAGGAAGAAAGAACCUUCUUUCCACUUGACAGCAGAGAUCCUAGUAACACCCCUCACACACAUACAGAAGACGAAGAAUAUAUGAGGUCGAGCAGAGACUUUGAGUUUGGCCUGGGCUCCUUUAGCUUGCUGGAUGAAAUCGUUACGGGUCAAGAGUGGGCCAAGUUCCUAAACCCCAACCAAUCAGCAGGCUCGACCAAUCAGAGACCAUCAGAACUCAAAAACCCAUGGAGCUUCCGGGGAACUGAAGCAUUACCAGAUUCAGAUUUCAGCAUGGCACAAAUAUCCCCUGACGCUUUCCAACCAGUCAGCAUGGACGUUUCAGAAGGAAAACGGCCUGCAGUAUGGGAUGUUCACAGUGCGCCUGAUCAGUUAGAACCAAUGGAGAAUGGACAAACCCGUCGACCUUCUUCGUUUUUAGAGGCUGCAGAUAUUACAGACAACUCAGCACAGAAGAUCAGAGCCCACCUUAACAGAAAGCGACAGCACCAGUCCACUGAAAUAAGAAGCGAGAGUCUUCAAAUAGAGAAAGGACGUGAAGGAAAUCAGGCGGGCAAAGAGGGAAGCCAAACAAUCAACCACAUAAUGGAGGAGACGGGAGAAUCUCAACAUGAUGACAGCAUGAUGCCUUCACACACCAUGAAGUGUCCUGCUCCACCUCACUCUCCGUUUACUCCUUUUGCUCCUGCACUCUGCAGUGUUCUCAAACACUCAAUAUCCCAGGAUUCACAGUUCUCGCCAGAAACACUGACAAAAAGGAGGCGAGUCGAGGAGAACCGGCGGGUUCAUUUCUCAGAAAAGGUUGUGACCAUCGAGCCUCCAGAGCUGGUCCCGCACGCUAUAGACUCGGAGGAGGAUUCAGGAGGCGAGGAGGACUCUGUGACCGACCAAGAUUGUGAGGAGGAGCAGGCAGCAGUAGAGGAGGUGGCGGCACCAGCACGCCGGCAUGCUCUCCCGGCCUGGAUACUGGCUUUGAAGAGGAACACAGGGAGGAAGCACAGAUAGGAACUGUAAAACUGCCAGAAGCAGGACUCAGUCUGACAGACUUAAAUAAUGUCUUUUGUUCUCUCUGGACAUUUAAAGCACCUCUGUGUGCCUGAUUGCUCAAUGCCUCCCUCUCCAAACAAACAACGCUCAAAAUGAUAUUUGAUCAUGUGAUAAGAGAAGCCUAUUUCAGGGCUUUUUUUGACUAAACCAGAAUGUGUUUUUGUACCUGUAUUGUUGAUAUUUUGAAUUGUUGUGUAAAGUACUUUUCCACAGUCAGUGUAUAACCAACGGUAUAAACAAAGCAUUGUUAUGUUAUGAAGGGGGCAGUAGCUUAACGCUUUAUUUCAGCCCCCAAAAAGAAAGGCCAAAAGUAUUUUUUCAUUUUACCUCAAUCGUUUACUUUGUGUUGGUGUGAUACUGGUUGAAUUUUAAAUAACAGAAUUUGCUCGAUUACAAAAACUAAGUAACCAGUCGAGGCAACAAUAGACCUGCAUCUCUCAUGUGUUGAAAACAAAAUGAUUAUUUAUUGUUUUUAGAGGCGUCUGGCGACUUUGAAGAGAGUAUAGAUGGUGGUUUCAGGUCUACAUGGGAAAGAGCUUUAUGACAGCAAGGUAAAUAUAUUCUUAAUAUCACAGGAAGUUUUUUUUAGGUCACUAAUAAACAUUUUGCUGCUGCCUUCGCCCCAAAGCACGAAGUGUACAUUUAUACGCUCCUCUGCCGUAACUCCUGUUGUCUUCACCAAACUAGGAGCAUGCUGAUCAUCAUCUAUAGUUGGUAAUACACUGACUAUGGAUGCGUUCCCCAUAUAACCCCACUUCAUACAAUGAAAAAUAUCCCUGUUUAAACAUCUCUAUCCAGGCCCACCUCUCUGGAGGAUCCAGAUUGGAUGAUACACUGUCACAUCAUCCGCAAAACUGUUUAUUUGAUUUUGUUGCUGAAAUAAAUAUUCUUCCAGCGGCUUUUA